GCAUGCACUCGGACAUGUGGUGGAGGAAUCAGAUUCCAAGAAAGGCACUGCCUCCAACAGAGAAGGAAGUUGGUGACAGGAUUUCUUAAUAAAACGUGCAGCGGGAUGUCCAAAAGAUACCAGCUGUGUGAAGUGCAAUGCCCUCCAAGUGGAAGAAGCUUCCGGGAGGAGCAGUGCUCGUCCUUUAACUCACGGGUAUAUAAUGGGCGGACGUUCCAGUGGAAGCCUUUGUAUCCAGAUGACUAUGUCCACAUCUCCAGCAAGCCCUGUGAUCUCCACUGUACCACCACAGAUGGGCAGAGGCAGUUAAUGGUCCUGGCCCGGGAUGGAACCUCCUGUAAAUCCUCUUAUUUCCGAGGGGUGUGCGUGUCUGGAAAAUGUGAGCCCAUUGGAUGUGAUGGGGUUCUGUUCUCCCCCCACGCUCUGGAUAAAUGUGGGGUCUGCCAAGGGAACGGCAGCAGCUGCACUCACGUAACGGGGAGCUACCGAAAGGGAAAUGUUCCGCUUGGAUACUCUUUGGUGACUCACAUUCCUGCUGGAGCAACAGAUAUCCAGAUAGUUGAACGGAAGAAAUCCGCUGACGUUUUGGCUAUUGCAGAUGAAGGUGGUUCUUACUACUUCAAUGGGGACUUCAGAGUAGACAGCCCCAAAAACUUCAAUAUUGCAGGAACCAUUUUCAAAUACAGGAGACCAAUGGACAUUUAUGAGACUGGCAUAGAAUAUAUUGUCGCACAGGGGCCUACCAAUCAGGGUUUAAACAUCAUGGUUUGGAACCAAAAUGGUAAGAACCCAUCCAUAACAUAUGAAUAUACCCUUCAGACCAGGCCUCAUUUGAAAAACAGGCCACCGAUAUACUUCGGCUUCUCUGAAUCAGACAGUGAAGAAAAGAAGGAGCUUGAAGGAGAAUUCCUCUUGGGGCUUGCUCAGCUCAAUGCCAGCCUGUUGGCCACACUCUCCCAAGAAAAUGGCGGCCUGGAGAGCCUGCUGUUUGGCCGGCAAGAGAGAGGGGAUGACUUGGGGCUGAGCAAGAUGCAGCAAACCAAUGAAGUCAACCCCAGGACCCAACCUGAGUAUGGCCCUGCCCUGCAGAGCAAGCCCUCCGCAGAGUCAAAUGCAACUAAAAGCAAUUAUAAGGUGGAAGGAAAUGGAAGAGAACUGGACUCCCUUCUCCCUUCUCAAGAAUUCCUUUCAGAAAAUGCAAUCAUCCAUAGCCUUGGGGAUAAGAUGUCAGAUUUGAAAGAAUCCAUCUGGAACAAGACCUUGAACAGUAUCUUUUCUCCAGUGAACCCCAUCAAUGCUUUGGGGCCUGAAAUAGACCAUCUCUAUGUUGAUUAUGAUGAUAGUGAUGACCUGCUGGCUUACGCUGCUAAUGGCACUUUUAUGGAGCUGACCCACGAGGAAGCCAUCAACACAUCUUCAGAGACUCAGGUUUCCAAUGCCACUAUUUCUGCUGCCAGUCCUCAAGGGAACAGAACUCAGAAAACAAGGAACCGGCUGAAGCUUUUCCGAAAGGGCCAAAAUAUGAGUCCAGCAGACAUGUACCGAUGGAAACUCUCCUCCCAUGAACCUUGCAGUUCUACCUGCACUACAGGAGUGAUGUCCACGUAUGCCAUGUGCAUCCGCUACGAUGGCAUUGAGGUGGAGGACACAUACUGCGACGCAGCGACCCGGCCUGAGCCCAUCCACGAAUUCUGCGCAGGAAGGGAAUGUCAGCCCAGGUGGGAGACAAGCAGUUGGAGUGAAUGCUCCAGGACCUGCGGAGAAGGCCUCCAAUUUCGUAUUGUCCGUUGCUGGAAGAUGCUCUCACCGGGGUUUGACAGCUCAGUCUACAGCGAUCUGUGUGAAUCUGCUGAUAUCACUCGGCCAGAAGAGCGGAAAGUCUGCAAAAACCCAGCCUGUGGGCCACAGUGGGAAAUGUCGGAAUGGUCUGAGUGCACAGCCAGGUGUGGCGAGAGGAGUGUGGUGAGCCGAGACAUCCGGUGUUCCGAAGAAGAGAGGCUGUGUAACGCCAGCGCCAAGCCGGCGGCAGAUAAGAACUGCACCGGGCCCCCCUGUGACCGGCAGUGGACUGUCUCUGAUUGGGGACCAUGCAGCGGGGGCUGCGGGCCAGGCCGAACAAUCCGGCACGUCUACUGCAAGAGCAGCGAUGGACGGGUGGUGCCCGAAUCCCAGUGCAACCCGGAGACCAAGCCACUUGCAAUCCAUCCCUGUGGGGAAAAGAAUUGCCCUGCCAGCUGGCUGGCUCAGGACUGGGAAAGGUGCAACACCACCUGUGGCCGAGGGGUGAAGAAGCGGACGGUUCUUUGCUUGGAGAUUGUCAGUGGGAAGGUCAAAACCCGCCCCCCGGCCGAGUGCGACGCCAUCAAGAAGGAGGCUGAGGAGGCCACCUGCUUCGAGCGCCCUUGUUUCAAGUGGUACACCACCCCUUGGUCUGAGUGCACAAAGACCUGCGGAAUUGGUGUGAGGAUGCGGGAUGUCAAGUGUUACCAAGGGAAGGAUCUGGUCCGAGGGUGCGACCCACUUACAAAACCAGUCGGGAAGCAGACCUGUGACCUUCAUCCGUGCCCAACGGAACCACCAGAUGACAGCUGCCAGGACCAGGCGGGGACCAACUGUGCUCUAGCGAUUAAGGUGAACCUGUGCAGCCACUGGUAUUACAGCAAGGCCUGCUGCAGAUCCUGCAGAGUACCCCGUUCCUAGGGGGAGGAAGGGCGCGGGGCCUCCGACUGGCCUGGGUGCCACGCCCGAGGAGGCAGCAGGAGCAGCCCGUUGAGCCGCAGGCCGUUCCUCUGCCAGCGAAGCAAGCACCCUCCAGGCAUCGCCUUGUGGUCCUCGCUUCUCUUUUUCUCCAGCUGGAAUGUGGCCUCCCUCUUGGCCACCAGCAUACUGAAAGCUCACGUGCAGAAUUCUGGAUUUUCUUUUAAUUCCCUUAGCGAGAUUUUUCCCCCCACUUUUGAUCUACCUAUACAUGACUCCUCUCCCGCAAGUGAUUUUGUUUAGGCACAUCUUUUAUGUAGCUUUCCAUCCCAGAUUGUUCUCAUCCGUCUUGUCUGCAUCAGUUUAAAGCUUGCCAGAGCGCUGAGAAAAAAUGUUUAGAGCCAGAAACAUUCCUGUUGGUCCUUUAUUAUUAAUGGCCACAUCAUCUGUUGCAGGACUGUCAAGUCAAAAUAUCCGCCAUCAGUCUUGACUUUUCUUCCGCAUCUCUCCCUUAGAAGGCUUUUUCUAAAGCGUCCUUAUCCCUUCAUGCCAGAGGGAUACAGCCUUUUCCCAGAGCAUCGCAAGUUGACCUUUAAGUGGAACACACCCCAGAAAUCAAAGUUAUGCUGAUUAAGUUAUGCUCUCCAGUCAUGUAUUUCAUAAUUGCCCCAUGUGUUGCAAUGAAAAUCCUUUGAGAGGCCGUGCAUCCAUUUUACACUGUAUUAAUAAUAAAUGGAAAUGGGUGGGAAUGCAGUCUGCACCAACAAGGCAACAAAAUAAUGUUGUUCCAGAGCUGGACUGAAGGCAGAAAAACCCUGACAUUUCAGCCUUAGGCACUUAGUCUUUAUUAUUCUCACUCAGUCAUAAAUACAAAUUAAUGCAGGCCAGGUAGCAAAGUCCACUAAAUAUAACAUGUAAAUGCACAUCUGGCAGAAAUGUAUUCAAAUUCUUAGUUAAAGUGACAUAAUGCCAGCAUAUUGUAUAGGAUAAUGAAAACAUAACUGCACUUUAUAACCCAAAAGGGCCCUAGGCUCUUUUUUUAAUGUAUGUGUUUACAAAAUAAUAAACUUUAUCCCUUUUACUGUUGAAUGGUACUUUAAGUGUACUUUAAAUAAAGUUUGUGAUAUUUA